AUGGCUUCGAUUAAUACUAUCGAUUUAGAUCGAUGCGAACAAGCGCUUUCGACAUUGGUACCGAACAACAACAGCAACAACGAUGUUUCUACACGUCGAUAUCAACCGCGAACAUUAAAUGAACAUAAUCAGUUUCGAACUAUAUUCUUACCAUUCUAUCCGAAACUCGAUUGUUAUAUGCCUGAUUGGUUACUGUUGGCGAGUGUUCCACAAAGCCAACUUUCAACACAAGAGACCGCUCGACGUCAACACGGAGCAUACACAGCAGAUGCAUUGAUGAUGAUGAACAAGUACCGCUAUUCGAAUUAUGAACUAUUGCAUUUAUCGGAACAAGAUGCGAUCGAAUUAGCAACUCGUUUAAAUGUCGGCCAAUCAAUUAUUACCUUCAAUGCAACACGAAUGCGUGGUAUUAGUAUGCAACUAUUCGAGUUACAUGGAUCAUUUCGACGGCGAAUUCUACGAACGCAACAUGAGCCGUUGAGAGGACUUGUUUUAACUUCAAACGAGACAGCCAUUGCAUUGGAAUUCUUCUUGCAAAUAGACGUGGACGUUUUCUAUAUGAAAACAUGUGCAUAUCGUGGAGCUGAUCCAUCUCAAUUUCAUAUACGAGGCUUAUUUUUCGAAAACAACGAUGAACCACAAGCACGAUAUCAGAUGAAGCCAUGCAAUAGUGAUUCUUGUCAAUUCUGUCAUCCACGCGAGAAUCAACUGGAAGGUCAAACAUGGGUGCCGAUUGAUUUCAAUACAACUUCAAUGCAUCAAUUUCUCAAUGGUUACACAACAUACUUGAAUUGUCCAGCCACGUGUACAACGACGAAUAUUAUCUACUCGAUGACAUGUCCUUGUGGUGAAUAUGAUUACAUCGAUUCAACAAAAGAUACCUUAGCUCAUGCUCUGUCAUAUCAUCAACAACAUAUCAAUCGAAUUAUGCACGAAAAAUUAACGGGAAAUUCGCUUUAUCCCGGCAUUCCACCGCCCGAGUCACUCGCGCAAGAAUAUGAACGAGCGGACAAGAUGCGUCUCUAUCAACAUGCUGCACGAUGUCCAAUCGCAUUACGUUUAUUUCUUCGUCAAAAUCCGUGCUAUUGGUGUUUUGUUCCUCAAAUUUGGCGUGAUGCGCAAGUGGACAACAUGGACUAUUUACAAGGGUCUAACGCUGCUGGUUUCCAUACGAUCGAUCUUCAAUCGCUUCGUAUCAUCGCAAUGGUUACUUCGACCAAUCGUCGACUAGCCAUGUGUAUUGAUCGAGUACCAUGGACGCCAGCUGCUUACGCAUUUUCCUAUUUGCAAAGAAAACAACAACGUGCAUUUUUCGAACAUCUUCUCACACUACCCAUAGAUGAACUACCAUAUUCGCCAGUUGAUAUAUACAAGAUAGCCAUCAUUGCUGUUUUACCAGAAUAUUGUUCGAAACUCUUACGUUAUCUAAUUGAAACAUUCUUUAUUACUCAUUGCGAAACUAAACUCAAUAUGAUUUGUCCGAGUGGUGGUGAUCCGGAGCGACGAUUUGGUCGCGCAUACGAUCUCGUUUGGUGUUACAAUUUGAACCGACCAUUUGCUGCUAUUCCACAACCACCAGGAAAUCAUUAA